AAUCCUCUCCUUGCCCUGGAAUCUGAAGUAAGUUUGUAAAGAUGUAGAAUUCCUAAUGUUGCAAUGCAUCAUUUCUAGGAUUUAACUGGCUUCCCUGACAUCAAAUUGUGUCUUGUAAAGGCCAUAGUCUGUCUUUCUGAUGCAAAGUAAAUGUAAUGCAUGUUGGGUCAAGACUGUCAUUUUGGCCAAUAAAUGACCUGAAGUACCUGCCCUAGGGAUGGCUGGCAUGUACAGAAUGCAUUCAAACAAGUUAUUCUUAUGGUUAGUCAACAACUUCUGUUUUUUUCUGACUCCCUUCACAGAUUAAUAAUCCCUAAAUAUUUUAAUGGGAACAAAUAACCAGACUUGGGUGAGUGAAUUUAUUCUCCUCGGCCUGUCCAGUGACUGGAACACUCAGGUCUCCCUCUUUGUCCUGUUCUUGGUCAUGUACAUGGUGACCAUGCUGGGGAACUGUCUCAUUGUCCUUCUGAUCAGACUGGACAGCCAACUCCACACUCCCAUGUAUUUCUUUCUCACCAACCUCUCACUUGUUGAUGUCUCCUAUGCCACAAGCAUAGUCCCUCAGCUGCUGGCGCAUUUUCUUGCAGAACAUAAAGCCAUCCCAUUGCAGAGCUGUGCAGCCCAGUUAUUUUUCUCCCUGGCCUUGGGUGGGAUUGAGUUUGUUCUCCUGGCAGUGAUGGCCUAUGACCGCUAUGUGGCUGUGUGUGACCCCCUGCGAUACUCGGCCAUCAUGCAUGGAGCGCUGUGUGCUAGGUUGGCCAUCACAUCCUGGGUCAGUGGUUCCAUCAACUCUCUUGUGCAGACUGCUAUCACUUUUCAGCUGCCCAUGUGCACUAACAAGUUUAUUGAUCAUAUAUCCUGUGAACUCCUAGCUGUGGUCAGGCUGGCUUGUGUGGACACUUCUUCCAAUGAGGUCGCCAUCAUGGUGUCUAGCAUUGUUCUUCUGAUGACACCCUUCUGCCUGGUUCUUUUCUCCUACAUCUGGAUCAUCUCCACCAUUGUAAAGAUCCAGUCUACAGAGGGAAGAAAGAAAGCCUUCCACACAUGUGCCUCUCACCUCACGGUGGUUGCGCUGUGCUAUGGCAUGGCCAUUUUCACUUACAUCCAGCCCCACUCCAGUCUCUCUGUCCUUCAGGAGAAGUUGUUCUCUCUCUUUUAUGCCAUUUUGACACCAAUGCUGAACCCCAUGAUUUACAGCCUAAGGAAUAAAGAGGUGAAGGGGGCCUGGCAGAAACUAUUAUGGAAAUUCUCUGGGUUAACAUCAAAGCUGGCAACUUGACUCACGAGCAUGACUUAGAGAAACCAAGUUUACCUCAGUGUUCAUCCAACUCAGAUCUGACAGGUGUAAACUAUAUUGUCCU